AUGGCUGCAUCCUCAUCCCGCCUAAUCUCGUAUUACUGUUGCUCGAGCACUUAUCAAGUGAUCAACUUUUUCACGGACGACAACGGUCAUCCAUAUAAACUGCGGAAGUGGAGGAUACCCGGGUCGAACAUGUGCGAUCCGAGCUCAAUUUCAUCCGGCAUAACCAGGUUUACGCCAACCGUCUACAUACCUUCAUCGAGUGUCGCGACGUUGACGCCUUCUCCGAGUGCCCAUUUGUGCUGUCCCAGACUUCUUGCAUUUUUAAGCCUUUUUCUUUUAUCAAUGCCAAACAAAAUGUAUUACUUGUGCUUUUAA